AUGGAGUACCACUACCUCUCCUUCGUCCACAAGACACCAAAGAGGACGUCCAUCCUCAGUGGUCCUCUCUGGGUGGACGAAGUCCUCUGCGGCAACAGUGAGAAGGUCCUCGAGACAUUCCGAAUGUCAAGAGCAACGUUCUACAGCCUCUUGGCAACAGUGACAAGCGUGGGAGGACUGAAGCGAACGUGUCACGUAUCAGAGACCGAACAGCUGGCCAUAUUCUUGUUCUUUGUUGGCCAGCGCGCAACAAGCAGGGCCAUGCAAGAAAGGUUUCAACGAUCAGGCGAAACGAUCACAAGACAUCUCCGAGCCGUUCUGAAGGCACUGAAGCGUCUCUGCUCAAGCUACAUCAUGUUGCCGGCAGAAAAUGCGCCAUGUGCAUCCAAGAUUCAAGGAAACCCCAAGUUCUUCCCGUUCUUCCAGCACUGCAGGAUGGCGAUUGACGGGACCCACAUCCCAGUGUCAGUUGGCCAAGACGUCGUUGCGCGAUUCCAGAGCAGGAAGGGCAUUACUAUGAACGUUUUGGCGGCGUGUGAUUUUGACCUACAGUUCACAUAUGUGCUUGCUGGCUGGGAAGGCACCGCGGGAGAUGGCAAGCUAUAUGAAGCCGCGAAACAAGCUGGAUUAGCGUUGAGUGGCACUGGUUACGACAUUCUCGAUGCCGGUUUUGGUUUGACCAAGUCAGCUCUCACGCCAUACCGCGGAACUCGCUACCACCUCAAGGAGUUCGCACUUGGUUCACGUCGGCCUCAGAAAAUAGAGGAAUUGUUCAAUUUACGUCAUGCCAGCCUGCGAAACGUGAUUGAAAGAAUCAUCGGCGUCCUCAAGAAAAGCUGUCGGGACCAGGUCGAAGAGGAUGCAAUUGCUGAACUCAGACGUCAAAACGGACUGCCCAUGCGUUUUGAAGACCGAGCCGUUGAAUCCUUGGACGCUGAGAGUGAUGAAGCUAAAGCCUGGCGUGAUAGUAUUGCGACACAGAUGUGGACGCAAUACAAAUCGAAUCUACGCGCUCGUCAACGAUGCAAUGGAAGUCAAGGAUAA